AUGCCUACACAGGCUCGGGUCACUCGUACGCGACUCGCCAGUAACGAGAACGACGAGAACAGCGGCACAACGCGUCUCACAAGAGCCGCGGCUGCUGCUCUCAAGGUUGACGAGCUAUCAAUGCCCGCUAAGGCUGCCCUACAAACGAAGAAGUCCACAGUUAACGGUACUACCGCCGCCGCCGCCAACACGCGGAAACGCGCUGCAUUGGGCGAUGUCAGCAACGUUGGAAAAGCCGAUGGCGUAGCGGGAAAGAAGGCGAAGGGAUUGGUCUCCAAGGCUGCUCAGCCAACUGGAAUCGAGAAGAAGACCGCUCGACCCUCAAGACCUCUAGCAACCAAGACUACCACUAAGGUUGCCAAUGGAGCUGGUACCAUCAACAAACGAAAGGUGGCAGCCGACAAGCCAAAGGCCCCCGUCGACGAGAACGAACUCCCACACAAGAAGCCAGCCGCACCUGAAGAGAUUGAACGCUCCCAGACACCCGAAGAAGUCGAGGCUGAAAAGGCCGAAGUCUCUAUCGAGAAGAUCGAAACUCAAGACGCGCCCAUCAAGCUCCCUGCCGGUGUCAAGAACUUGGACGAUGAGGACAUGGAUGACCCUCUUAUGGUUGCCGAGUACGCAAACGAAAUCUUCGAAUAUCUUCGCGACCUCGAGUGCAAGUCGAUUCCUAACCCUCAAUAUAUGUCUCACCAAGACGAUCUCGAGUGGAAGACGCGUGGUAUCUUGGUCGACUGGCUUAUCGAGGUUCACACGCGUUUCCACCUUCUUCCGGAAACCCUCUUCCUUGCCGUCAACGUUAUUGAUCGAUUCUUGUCGGAGAAGGUGGUGCAGCUUGACCGUCUCCAGCUCGUUGGUAUUACUGCCAUGUUCAUCGCGUCCAAGUACGAGGAGGUUCUCUCUCCUCAUGUCGAGAACUUCAAGCGCAUUGCCGACGAUGGUUUCAGUGAGGCAGAGAUUCUCAGCGCCGAGCGAUUUGUUCUCAGCACACUCAACUACGACCUGAGCUACCCCAACCCUAUGAACUUCCUCCGCCGAGUUUCCAAGGCCGACAACUAUGACAUCCAGUCUCGUACCAUCGGAAAGUACUUGAUGGAGAUCAGCCUCUUGGAUCACAGAUUUAUGGCCUACCGACCUAGUCACGUUGCUGCUGGUGCUAUGUACCUGGCGCGACUGAUGCUCGAUCGUGGUGAAUGGGAUGCCACACUAUCUUACUAUGCCGGUUACACUGAAGAUGAGAUUGAGCCUGUCGUCCACCUCAUGGUCGACUACCUUGCUCGUCCUGUUGUGCAUGAGGCCUUCUUCAAGAAGUAUGCUAGCAAGAAGUUCUUGAAGGCUUCAAUCCUCGCUCGUCAAUGGGCCAAGAAGAACGCCGUUCUCUUUGGCAUUACGGAUAUUGAGCUGGCUCUUGACCAAAUAUCAUAA